GUUGCAUUACUUCUUCCUUCCAUGUUUUCCUAACUUUCAUAUUUAAAUCCAAAUAUUUAAUUAAAUCUGUAUUAAUAGAACUCCUUGUUGGACAAUCAGGCUGCAUACAAUUUUUAUAACAAGGAAACGUAUAUAUUAACGAAAAAUUAUAUUAUUACAUAUCGUCUGGCGAAUAAAUGUAUUAUUUUAUUGGUCCGAGUUAUACCAGUUUAUUGGUACAUUUCUGUAACCCGCACUCACAUCUGUGCAAACAGUACAUUCAAGUCAAUAGGUUAAGCGAAGGCAACGCACAGUAAGACACAUUCAGUCCGCUAUCAGACAGUUGUAAUGUAUACCGUAAUAUCAUUAUGUAUCUUAACAAUUAUCAUAGGUUUGGGAAAUUUCCAAGAAAUCUAUGAAACCGAUGUGAACUUUAGAGUCGAAGCUGGUACGAGGACUUGCUUCUUCGAGAAGGGGAAGGCUGGGCAGAUAAUGGAAUUCUUCUAUCAGGUGAUAGACGGACAGCACGGCGACUUGGAUAUAUCAGUAGAGGUCAUCGAUCCCGAGGGAAAUAAGCUGGUGUCGGAUUACAAGAAAUCUGAAAACUCCAUAAUAAUGGACUUGGAACACGACGGAGAUUACGUUUUCUGUCUCGACAAUACCUACAGUAUUAUGAAUUCCAAGUUAGUGUUCGUGUACGUUGUAGUCGAAGACAGGAAAGACGACAGUGAGACUGAAGUAACUAUUGUUAAUGAUGGAGACGAAGAGGAGAUAGUGGAGUGGCUGGGACAAGACAGAGACGGCUCCAACUACACGAUCGAGGUGUCCAAGAUAAAUGAAUCCCUGAUACGCACGUUGAACCACGUCGUCAAAGCCCGACAUAUGUUAGACAUGUACAGUGCUACUAAGUCCAGAGACAGUUAUUUGGCAUCGGAAGACACCUUCAUAGUUGACUGCUGGUCUGGCUUUCAAAUAACUCUCAUGUCGAGUGUUGGAUUCCUACAGGUCUAUAUGAUAAAGAAGUUAUUUGAUCGGCCCAAUACACACAUUUGAUUUUUAAAGUUUUUUUCAUGCAAAAUUUUUGAGUGUUCAUUAUUUUUUCCAACUUACAAAGCGCUUACAGCACACUGCAAGUGCUAUUCCGAAGUGUGAGCUAUUUUAGUGCAAAAGUUUCAUUAACAUCCAUGCAGUCAUUUUUAAACCAAAUCUCCUCCGAGACUUUGUUUACAAAUAUUGAUACUUAUGAUACUAUGUCACUGGUAAUUUAUCUAAAGUAAAUUAU